CAGUUUGAUUGCGAACCCAAUCGCGUGAUUGCUGUGAAAAACGCUUUGGUCGGCGACUUCAAUGGUCGCACUCUGUCUGCCGUUUCCAACACUACCUUCCAAUUGGAUCCCGAUAUCCCUGAAACGAAUAUUCUUAAAGAGUGGUACGAAAGGGAGGGAAACAGCGUUACGACCAAUUCGUUGAGUAAAAGCGGUUCCGAAGGGAACAGAGACACUGAAUGGAAGUUCUUGUCGCAAAUCAACGAACAAACUGUUGGUAACGACAACCGAACCUAUUUCAACGUUAGGGCCAGAGUUGUACAGACGGGACGACAGCCUCUGUAUAAGGCUUGCGGUCAGAACGGCUGCCUCAAGAAGGUUAGGGACAAUAACAAUGGUUUCUAUCACUGCGACAAAUGCCAGACCGACUCAUCUUCGUUCGAGUGGAGACUCAUUCUGUCGGUGGCUAUAAGUGACUGCACGGGCGAGGGUUGGGUCACUAUAUUCCAAGAACAGGCGGAAAAGAUUUUAGGCAUUUCUGCCAAAGAGUUGAGUGAAUUGCAA